GAGUGCGUUUUCCUCUUAGGCGGCGCCAUUUUGUGCUCAGAGCCGCUACAGCCGCCGGCGGUGUGGGAAGUGGGUGGCGGGGACGCGAGACCUGGGAUGGCGGAGACUCUGGCAGGGUCCGGCGAGUCGGGUUCUGGCACAGCCGCUGUCGGGUCGGGUACCUCGGAGGCUGGGACGCGACGGCUGAGCGACUUGCGGGUGAUAGACCUGCGGGCGGAGCUAAAGAAGCGGAACCUGGACACGGGCGGCAACAAGAGCGUCUUGAUGGAGCGGCUCAAGAAGGCGGUUAAGGAAGAAGGGCAGGAUCCUGAUGAAAUUGGUGUCGCGUUGGAAGCCACAAGCAAGAGGACAACAAAGAGAUGUAUUAAAGGACAAAAGAUGGAGGAAGAAGGUACAGAAGACAAUGGCCUGGAAGAAGAUUCCAGAGAUGGGCAGGAGGAUAUGGAUGCAGGUUUAGAGAGCUUGCAGAACCUUGACAUGAUGGAUGUGGGUGUGUUGGAAGAAAGCGAAGUUGAGAAUAGCAGUGCUCCCGACUUUGGGGAGGACGGCGCUGACAGCAUUCUCGGUUCCCUUUGUGAUAGCAAAGAAUACGUGGCGGCCCAACUGCAAGAGCUCCCGGCGCAGCUCACAGAGCAUGCUAGCAUGGACUUGGCUUCUUACCUUUUGGUUAAUCCAAGCAUCCCGGUCAUAAGCUUCAAACCUGGGAAAGGAAAAAAAAAUACAUUUGAGAAGGCAUGUUUUUGUAUUUCACUCAAGAAGGUGGAUGGGGAGGGCUUCGAGAACACUUUGGAUGCUUCAUCAUUGGACUUCAAAGUACCUCCGGAUAUUGAAGAACCUCUAUUGGAGCCAGAAAAUGAGAAAAUACUCGACAUUUUGGGGGAAACUUGUAAAUCUGAGCCAGUAAAAGAAGAAGGUUCCGAGCUGGAGCAGCCCUUUGCACAGGAUACAAGUAGCGUGGGGCCAGACAGAAAGCUUGCGGAGGAAGAGGACCUUUUUGGCAGCGCCCAUCCGGAGGAGGGUGAUUUAGAUUUGGCCAGCGAGUCAACAGCACAAGCUCAGUCGAGCAGGGCAGACACCCUGUUAGCGGUAGUGAAAAGGGAGCCCGUGGAGCAGCCAGGCGAUGGCGCGCGGACGGACUGUGAGCCUGUAGGGCUAGAGAAGCCAGUUGAGCAGAGUAGUAAAGCCUCAGAGCACACGGAAGCCUCUAGCGAGGAGGCCGCGGAAGCGCCCCCGGAAGCCUCAAGCCCAGGCCCCAGAGAUAGCAAAGAAGACGUGAAGAAGUUUGCUUUUGAAGCUUGUAAUGAAGUCCCUCCGGCUCCUAAAGAGUCCUCAGCCAGUGAGGGCGCUGAUCAGAAAAUGAGCUCUUUUAAGGAAGAAAAAGAUAUAAAGCCAAUCAUUAAAGAUGAAAAAGCAGGUCGCACCAGCAGCAGCUCUGGCCGGAACCUGUGGGUCAGUGGACUGUCCUCCACAACUCGAGCGACGGAUCUGAAGAACCUUUUCAACAAGUAUGGGAAGGUUGUUGGGGCCAAAGUGGUGACCAACGCCCGCAGUCCCGGAGCUCGGUGCUAUGGAUUUGUUACCAUGUCGACAUCUGAUGAAGCUACAAAGUGCAUCAGCCAUCUCCACAGAACUGAGCUGCAUGGAAGAAUGAUCUCCGUAGAGAAGGCCAAAAACGAACCUGCUGGGAAAAAGCUGUCUGACAGGAAAGAAUGUGAAGUGAAGAAAGAAAAAUUAUCUAGUGUUGACAGACAUCAUCCUGUGGAGAUCAAAAUUGAAAAGUAAACUGAUUAUUUAAAACCUUUCUCUUAAGCUUUCUCUCAGG